AAUGGUAACCAAAUGAUGCAACCAACUAAUUAAUUGGCUUAUUUGUUGGGAACAUGUUAGUGGAAUGCUCAUCAUUCAUUUACGCAUACGGCGCACACUACUUUCUUCGUUGCUACAGUACGCUCCACCCCCGCCAAUUUAUAUUCAGUAUUCAAUUCAUUCCAAUUUCACUUGCAGAGUUCUCGUUCUCAGCUGAAAAUUCCAUUUUCAAAGCGUCCAAGUAGAAAAUUCUACUGCACAAAUUUGGACUAAGUUGAGAUCCUAUAUAUGGAGAAACUAGUAUUUCAAAAUGGUGUCAAGAAGGAUCAGUUGCUUUCUGCAGUAAAUGAUUAUCAUGGUGGAGUUAUAGUGGAAUUGAAGGAGCCUAUGGACCCCAAUGUCUUUCAAAACAUGCUUAAAGCUUCAUUAUCCAAGUGGAGGUUGCAGGGGAAGAAGGGUGUCUGGAUUAAACUACCAAUUGAACUCGUAAAUUUGGUUGAAACUGCAGUUAAGGAAGGGUUUUGGUACCACCACGCGGAACCACAUUACCUAAUGCUAGUGUAUUGGAUUCCUGAAACUGAGAAUACCAUCCCAGCAAAUGCCUCACACCGAGUGGGUAUUGGCGCUAUAGUCUUGAAUGACAAAAGAGAGUUGCUUGUUGUCCAAGAAAAUAGCGGCAGAUUAAAGGGAACUGCUGUAUGGAAGAUCCCUACUGGCAUUGUCGAAGAGGGCGAGGAUAUAUUUGAAGGUGCAAUAAGGGAAGUAAAAGAAGAAACAGGAAUUGACACUGAAUUUAUGGAAGUACUUGCAUUCAGGCAAACACACAAGGCGUUGUUUGGCAAGUCAAACUUAUUCUUCAUUUGCAUGAUGCGCCCUUUAUCAUUUGACAUUCAAAAGCAAGAUUUAGAAAUUGAGGCAGCCCAGUGGAUGCCAAUUGAAGAGUAUGCAGCUCUACCUUUUGUUCAGAAACAUGGCCUUUUCAAGUACAUCAAAGAUUUAUGCUUGGUUAAGGCCGAAAGGAAUUACCCGGGGUUUACUCCUGUGCCUAUAACAUCAUUUUUCGAUGCUAGCACGAGUUUCCUGUAUUGCAACAAGGAUGGUCUGGACCAAGAAAGCUCUGCAAGUUCAUCUCUCAAGGAAGAUUUGGAGAUCGAAACUUGUAAGACUAUUUUGAUCUAAUUUAUAAGUUAGUAUUUUCUCUAGUAAUUGUUUCUAUCCUCUACGAUGAAAUUAUGUGUAUUUUCAAUUUUUGUUU